UGUCGUGUAGUAAAGGGUGACUGUGCAACACAGCAGCUAGAAGCAUCUCUCCACCGCCGUGAUGGACGCCCUAAUCUCCAGACUCUUCUCCUCGGAGGAAGAGGAACUGUACAUUCUGGACUGUUUGGCUUAUUUUAUGUUUUUUAUGGCAGCGUGCACUUUCGUGACUCUGCUUUUCGAGAAUGUCCCCUACGGCCGGUAUGCCACCAGCAAAUACGGAUUUCCAGUAAAUGUCAGGUUCGCCUGGUUCGUGCAGGAGCUGCCUGCUUUCCUGCUGCCUCUGUGUCUGGUGGUGUGGACAUCAGCUAAAAAAACAUCACUUCUGCCCAAUCAGCUGAUCAUAGCCAUGUAUUUCUGCCACUAUGUUCAGAGAUCCCUUAUUUAUCCGUUUUUAAUUCGAGGAGGUAAGCCAACCCCAUUCGUCUCAUUCGCCCUGGCCUUUGUUUUCUGCAUCUAUAACGGCUACAUGCAGAUCAGGUACCUGAGCCAUUAUGCCGAUUACCCUGCAGAUUGGGUUACGCAUCCAUGCUUCAUCACAGGGUCUGCUCUGUGGUUUGUUGGCUGGCUGGUGAAUGUGCAUUCUGACCACAUCCUGAGAAACCUAAGAAAGCCCGGAGAGACCGGUUACAAGAUUCCCACAGGCGGAAUGUUUGAAUAUGUGUCUGGAGCCAACUUCUUAGGAGAGAUAACAGAGUGGGCAGGCUUCGCUCUCGCCGGCCACUCUGUUCACAGUUCAGCCUUCGCCCUCUUCACCACAGUGGUCCUCGCCAGCAGGGCUGUGGCCCACCACAAAUGGUACCUUGCUAAGUUUGAGGACUACCCGAAAAGCAGGAAGGCGUUGAUUCCUUUCCUCCUCUAGAAAACACUACAGGCACUGAAAGCUUUACAAAAAAAGAUUGAAACACAGGUCUCAGGCUUGUUAAAUGAUCUCAUCUGAGCUGGGAGCAAGCAACAGUUGAAAGCCAUCAUCUUAAAAAGAUUUUUAUUGUUGCCAUUACUUUGGUAAUAAUGUCCAUAAAGCACCGAGGAACCUCAACAACAAUGAACUGAAUGUGCUGGAAGUGUUGUGCCUGCAGGAGAGGCAACAUUUAGCGUUCCUCCAGAGGAAAUAAGAUAGUGAAUGGAGCAUACCUCAACAGUAAUACAUUGGAUUUAUAACACUCUGUGCAAGCAAUAAAUAGCUCUCUCUCUCGUUUUAAGACUCUCCGCUGAUCUGCAUAUUCUUCCAGAUGGAACACGAAGCUGGAAAUGCAAAGCGGACAUUUCUCGUUUUCACUCAUCCUCAAGAGUCAUCUGUUGCAAAUCUAUCUUUUUAACAUCCAUUUGAAUUAAAAUUGAUGAGUAAGGGACCUUAAAUUAAACUCAACUCAUUUUCCUGCCUCUGGAUGACUUUUCUAUGGACCGCCUCAACCCCCCUUUCUCCUGAAGGAGAGGCCAAAAUGUAACCGCAUCUCUGUCCUGUAAAGACUGAGACUGUAGCAAGCCUGUCCCCGGACAUUGGGCUGCAGGGAAAUCAAACGAAGAUCAAGCAUAGCUCUCAAUAACUCAACCAUGCCUGAAAUGAGAAGAAUUGAACGUUGCCCCAACACAUCACUCCUGUCAAGGUUUUCGGGGACAGUUGUGGAGGUAUUAAUAAACCGAGAACGAAGAAGAAAGCAGGAAAAUAGAAAGGAAAUGCAGCUAUGAAUCCUCUCCAUCUCUUUUAGUAUGGUAUUGUUUUACAGUACAUUGAUUACAAGCCACAUCUUUACUUUUCAGCAGUCAUGUCAUACUAAUAAUUUGCCUUGUACUGCCAUUUUUUUAAAUCCAGAUUGGAAACCAGUUUAAUUUUCUCAUCACUUUGGUAAAAUCUUUUAGUACAUAAACUCAUGUACUAGAGAAAAUGACACAUUGUCGCCGAUUAAGCUCGACAUUUCACAGCAAACUGUAGAUCAAUGUUUAUACUGAAGCUUUAGUUUCCAAAUUGUGCCUUUGCCCAGAGGUUCCAGCUGCAGCUCCUUUCCAUAACUCUUCAUCAGAUCCCUCUUUUCACACUGCAAGACAUCUUCCAACAACAGUCACAGCCAAGGUCAUGUCAUUAUGAAUUUUAAAAAAGGGGUUGUAU